CGCUUUGAGACGCCUUGAAGAUGUGACAAAGCGCUGUAUUAAGUGCAGGGAUUGCGAUUGGUAUUUGACCUCACCAACAUGGCGGCGCAAAAGUUCCACUUUUAUCCUCAACGCGUGAUGGGCGCGUGACGUUAUUUCCGGGAGGCCGGAAACCUCCGGGUACGUCCGGCUGCCCCCCCUUUUGCGCGCCAGAAAUGGCAGCAUCGCGGGACGGGGCCUACAGCUCCGAUAGCGACACGGACGCCGAGCGGCGGGACCUGAACGGGUCUUUGGCGCCACCCGCAUCGCCACCGGGGCGGAAUCCGAGGAAGAGGAAAGCCGGGGACGGAGCAGACGCGCCGGGUCCCCAGCAAACCGUGAACCAUUGGAUCCUGGAGUAUAACUUGCACUGCGCCCUCGAAGCGUUCAGGAGCGGCCAAGACGAGCAGUUCUGCGCCAUCCUGGACGUUAUAACAGCUGUUUUGAAAGGGCCAUACAAUGACACAGAGGAGAUUGCAAAAAAGCUUCUUAUAAUAUGGUUUCUAGCCAAAUUUGAAAGAAACACCAUAUCACUGGAAUCUGUUUUAACAAUUCUUGACCGGAUAAAGAAUGAGUUCUCAUUGGAUGAAGGAAUGAUCCAAAAGAUCGGAGAAGCUAUACAAAUACAGGCUGUGGUUCGUUAUAUUAAGAAGAGCUGCUUUGAAGAAGCUUCCAAGAUCCUACGAACACAUAUCACAAAGGCUGAUGACCAGAAAUUGCUUUCAGCUGUUAUUAGAGAGAGGAAUUGCUCCCAUCCUGAUCUUCGUUUCUAUAUGUACAGUGAAUUCAAAAUUAAAAUGAUGGCUUUUGUGGACCGUUUGAUUGACAACCGUGAACCUUUUCUGCUUCUUACUGCAAAAAAAUCCAUUUCAAACUCUGCAUUGGAAGUGACUAAGAUGCAAGAAGAGAAAUCAAAUCAGUGCUCAUCGAAUCCAGAGGAUAAAUGUCGCAUCUGUUCUAAGAGGGUGAAAGCUGAACCAAGCCUGAUUUGCAGUCGUACAGCUCUUCACACUGCAUUCAACAUCCUUUUUAAUUCAUCAAUGGGCACACCAACAGUCUUUGAAAAGCUAGAUAAACUUGAUUUUAAAAUACCUGAAGGAAACAAAGAAGUGCCAAGACGAAAGAGGCAGAGGAUAGAAACAGAUGGCACACGGGUGUCUCGGUUUGUUAUAGAGCCCGACAGUGAGGUGGAGACUUCCGAAAUCUCAGUCCAGAGUGGGAGUGGACCGAAAACACCCGAAAUCUCAGUCCAGAGUGGGAGUGGACUGAAAACACCCGAAAUCCCAGUCCAGAGUGGGAGGAGGCAUUUCCAGCAUUGCCAGGUCUAUUCCCCAGGGUCAUCAAAUGAUUCAAGCUCUCCUGUUGAAAGGCUAAGCAAAGAAACUGGAACACUUCAAGGCAAGAGAUCUAAUUUACGUGAGCUUCAAAUGGUUGAAAACAAGGAGGAAUGGAGUGAUGAGGAAUUUCUGUUUGCUAUACCUCAAGCCACCAGCCAUGGAAGGACCUCGCCAACGGAGAGUACUUUUUCAAUUUCAUCCAGACGUCAGAGGUGGACAGUGGAAGAAAGCGAAUGGAUUAAACGAGGUGUGCGAAAGUUUGGAGUAGGGAAUUGGGGGAAGAUCCUGAAAAGUUAUCCGUUUUGUGACCGAACUAACGUCAUGAUUAAAGAUCGAUGGAGGACAAUGCAUAAGCUUGGUUUGAUAUAGUUAGUAAGGCUUUUAAACUUAACUGUAUCUACUGAUUUUGGUAAUUACUUUAUACUAUAAAGUGAUUCAGUCCCACCUUGUUGAAGAGCCCUGACUUUUUUUAAAAAGUUUUUGAUGUUACAAAAGGUACGUUGGAAUCUUUCCCUAAAUGAAAAUUUCCACUUUUCUUUACAGAGGUUGGACGUGUAUAUCAUAGUGGCAGGCAGUGCUAGGCACUUGUUGGAAAUCAGCUAUAACAUGAAUUAAAAUUUAAAUGCAUUCAUUUUGUUAAAUUUUUUUCCAAUUCUGUGGAAAUCAAUACCUUUACAUAUUUUAUUUUGAACACAUGAGAUUAGUUUGUCUGUGCUCAAGUAAUAUUCUGAGAACUGGUAGCAGCCAAUAGGAGAAAGGAACUUUCGACUUAUGCUUCUGCGUUUAUGUAACCUUGGACAUUUUACUCUUAUAACCUCUUCAUCCUUCACCGCUUAAUUCUGAAUUCCCAUCCAGUAAAUCAAUUACAAUGCGGCACCACUGGCAAUGAAGCUCAUUAGAAAGUGCUCCAAUUCACUACUGUACAUAGUCUUUAUUACUUAUGUAUACUGAAUUAUGCAGUCUUUCCAAUCUUUUACGCUCUUCAGUGUACUUAUUUACUGUAAAGAACAUCACUAUAUACAAAUUGCUUAAACGUAUCCACACAGAGAAUAAAGAAUUUUGCACUCUUAAAUGAUAGGCUCCUUUGUCAGGCCUUAAUUUUUCUUUAAUUGUUGUCAUAUUCAUUUGUCUCCUGAGUAGUCACUCUACUGAAUAAUUAAUUCUCUCAUCAAAUUCACCACUCAAAAUGCUCACUAUGUGCAUUUUUUUUGCCAAUUUGUCUUGAACACGAACUCUAUCUGGUCUUGACCAAAUUCUUAUUCUUUGUGUGAUUCCUAGACGGUGAGUCAUUUGGAGCCUUAUGUUCUGUUGCUGCAGGUCUACAGAUGCGUAUUUUCCAGCUGACCUUAGAUGUGUAUCUAGAGUGGGAGUCCUGCUUGGCUUUCUCUUCUUUAACUCAAGGGGAGGUGUUGUUGCACUUUGGUUGAGGUGGGGAAUCAAAUCUGCCAAUUUUUGGCUAGACUUAGUGGUAUUUUUCCCCACAAGACCUUAAGGAAGAUGUUGAGGUGCUAUUGAAUACCAUUGAAACCGGAUUGCUUAUCUCACACUAGCUUGCUAUCAUGACCCAAUUUCUUGAAAUCGAAAGUCUAAACAUCAAAAAUGUUUAAGAAAAAAUACUUCAAUCCUCCAAAAUAGAAGCAAAUAGAUGGUCAGAAAAAACUUAAAUCUAUAAACUCUUAUUAUGCUAACAUCAUUUGACUGCCUAUAAAAUCAGAUGCUAACAAGUUUUCAUGUACAUUUUACCUUUCUUAGUUAUGCUGUGCAGUAUGUUAUUGUACAAAAUGUAUGAAAACAAAAGACUGACUUUUCUCUAGCCUUAACUCCAAUUUUUAAAUGAAGGUCUUAUGUUUUUUACCAAAGCUGGUUCAAGUUUGAAGUGAAAGAAAAAAUACUGAAUUCCUGUGAGUUCAUGCAGUAAUGUCUUGCCAAGAUAUUUAUACGAUACCGUCCUACAUACUUUUUUGUAUUAUGAAAAAAAUUACCUUUAUCUUGAAAAUGCAUCUGAUCUGACUUAGUUAUGUAGAAUUAUCAAAAUUUGGAUUUUGUUUUUGUAAAAAAAAGUAUUCCUUGUUUGCCAAUGAAGUGAAUAUUUAUGUAAAAUCUUCUAACUUGUAAAAAUAUUUCAUGUCCCCUUUAAUCCACUUGUUACAAUUUGAAAAGUUUAAGCAUGUUAUGCUCAAAUGUUUAAUAAAUUUGUCUCCUGUAUUUUUUUAUAUGUCUAAAUGUCUUAUGUUAGUUACAUUUUGUGUUUUCUGCUUUAAACAUAGGUUGUGACUAAAACAUUUUGCAAAUAAAUUGUA